AUGUAUGGGAAUUUGAAGAAAAACCCCCUAUCCUUGAUGCUAUAUACAGUAAUGAAGAAUUUAAAGGAUCUGGGUUAUCUGAUCAAGAUUUAUGCUUUAGAAGAUGGAAAUGCAAUGUCAUUGUGGGAAAUAAUAGGAAAUGUUUCAGUUUUAAGUGCUGAAAGAUUCAUCUAUAUUGACUGGUCACUUUUUGAUGGUGUCAUUGCUGACUCUCUUGAAGAUAAAAGAGCCAUUUCAAGCCUUAUGCAGGAGCCCUUUUGCUCAGUGCCACUUAUAUGGAUGGUUCAUGAAGACACA